AUGGCGGAAAUUACGAAGAUCGAUAAGCUAAAUGGCAAGAAUUAUCAGUCUUGGAAAUACAAUGUUAAGCUAGUUCUUAUGGAACGUGGCCUUUGGGGCUUUACACAAGAAGGCAAAGAAAUACCUCCUGACGAAAAUGCGACAAAUGCUGUAAAGAAUGCGUUCCAGUUGCGAUCAGAUAAAGCCUACUCUCUGAUUGCCUUAAACGUCGAGAAACACUUGCAAAUACACAUUUCGAGUACGACAGAUCCUUUAGCAGCAUGGACGAACUUGCAAAAACAAUUUGAGUUUGUAUCUGUUACCCAAGUCGUGCGUUUGAAUCGUAUAUUCUAUGCAGCCACCAUGGAAGAAGGUGGAGAUCUUAUGAAACACCUGACCUAUAUGACAUCAUUGGCAGAACAACUGCAUGAAAUGGAAGAAGAUAUAUCAUCAAAGAAAUUCGCUACUGUGGUGCUAGCAGUUUACCCGAAUCGUAUGAUAAUCUCCUCACAAGUUUUAAUGCGAGCAAAGCUGAAGAGUUGGAAUGGGACAAUAUAAAGGGAUUGUUAAUAGAAGAGUAUUUGAAGAGAAAAGAAAUGUUUGAGAAUAACAAGAGUGGCAAUGCAUUGCUUACAAACAGGAAGUCAUACAUGAGCAGAGGAAGAAAUUAUGAUCGAAGAAGACAUGGUGAACAUUCUAGAAAUUGGACUCCUGUAGACUACAAGCCAUCAUGGAACACCAAUAAAGGUGGGGAUACAUUGACACCAGUAGCACAACAACAAUGUGAUGACGGAAGAGCAAGAAAUGUUUUAUGCUUUAAGUGUAACAAAGCUGGACACAUCGCCAGGAACUGUCCACUCAACAAUAGAAAAGGUGGAAACAAAGGGGAACAUUCGAAGCUUGCGGAAGGUGGUGGAGUAGCACUGAUUUCAAGCACAGGAAAUUCAAAUGAAUGGUAUGUGGAUUCAGCUGCGACAAAGCAUAUGACAAAUCGCAAGGACCUUAUCAUCAACUACACUCAAUACCAAACACCGGUGAAUAUUUAUUUGGGUGACAAUACCUGUAUCAAAGCCCUGGGUGAAGGAAUGGUUAAGCUAUAUACUCAAAAUGACAAUACAUUCUAUUUGGAGUUACACAAAGUAUUGUAUGUGCCGAUGUUAGCAAAAAACCUAUUGUCUGUGCCUGCAAUGACUUCAAUGGGAGCUAAAGUGUCAUUCGAUGACGAAAAAUGUGUGGUUUCCAAAGAAGAAAAAGAAUACGUGAUUGGUAAAUUGGUAGAUGGUAUGCUGUAUACUGUUAAUCCAGUUGAAUUUGCCCAUCCUACAACUGAACCCUUGGAUAUGUGGCACCAGAGAUUUGGUCAUCUAAACAAUGGAUAUGUUAAUCAACUGAUGAAGAAUGAUAUGGUCACCGGAAUGAUGUAUGAUGAAAGUAAACAAGUGGAGAAAGAUUGCAAAGGAUGUUCAAUGGGAAAGAUGCAUAAGAAUCCCUUUCCAAAAGCAAGUCUACAUAGGGCAAGCAGACCUUAUGAAAUCAUACAUACUGACAUAUGUGGACCAAUGCAAGUUGAGUCGAUUGGCGGUAGCCGUUAUUUGGUCACAUUUACUGAUGACUAUUCCAGAUAUGCUGUUGCUUACUUUAUUAAGAAGAAAGAUGAAGCACUUACUAAGUUCAAGGAGUUUGUGAAUUAUGUUAAAAAUCAAGAUGGAAAUCAUAAUAAAGUGAAGAUUCUGCGCAGCGACAAUGGCGGUGAGUACAAAUCGAACAGUUUCUCCAAAUUCUGUACUGAGAAGGGCAUUGUCCAACAAUUCACUUGUCCUUACACCCCUGAACAAAACGGUGUGGCAGAAAGAUUAAACCGUACGAUUUUAGAAUCUGCAAGAUCCAUGAUAUAUCAUGCAAAUUUGCCCCUAGUCUUCUGGGCUGAAGCGUGCAAUACAGCCGUGUACCUACAUAACCGAAGUCCUACAGUUGCAUUAAAGGACAAAACCCCUUAUGAAUGCCUUUUCGGUGAAAAACCAGAUGUUUCUAAUCUUAAAGUCUUUGGAUGUAUGUGCUAUGUUCAUAUCCCGGACAGUAAUCGUAGAAAAUUAGACCAAAAGUCUUAUGACGCUAUAUUUGUUGGCUAUCCUAUAUAGCUUUUUAUAAUAAAAUCCUAAAAAAUUCUUUCAAUUCCUAGAAAAUAUAGUUUUUUAAAGAAUUCAAACUAUUUCCUGAAUUAAAUACGAAUUUAAUACGAUACAAAAGCUAAUAUUUAUGUAUUAUUCCACUAAACAAUGAAAUUGCAGGUUUUGCUUGCGCUGUGUGUCCACGGUAUGUGUGCCAGCGGAGACACAGUAGACACUGCAGUGUCGUAUAGACAGUUCUGGUUUAUGAACAGUAAAUAGUAGACUAAAAUAAGCAUUUAUAUUACUUUAAUUUGUUGUUUUACUUGUUUUAAUAAGAUUAUAUAUAAGCUUACUAUGUUUUGGUAUUAAUUAAAAUUGAAAAAUGUGGUCAUUGUUUUCAUUGCAUUUAUCGCGAUAUUAUCUAAUAUUGUGAUAAUUUCCUUGACAAUAAUUGUGAGAUGAUUUUUUUAAUAUCGGCUAACCCUAAUGUGGAGAGUGGAGCGUCUGGUUAAAUUGUUAUUUCUCUGCGAAGAAUUGUUAUUUCUCUGUCCACAUCUCGCCUCCUUCUCAAUGCAUUUUCUUCGUCAUUAUUUCACAGAACUUCAUGAAAUCACACCUGCAUGUGUUAAGAAUAAUAAGUUCCUGGCAAAUUCUAUAACGCUAAAUAUGAUUGGUUAAAGAUUAAUGAGAUUCUCUCCUCUGAUGUGUACAUUCGGUCGGACAUGUUUUUUAGAAAAUCAAUUCAUAUUAUUAAAGUUAUGUUUAUCUUCAAAUAAAUAGUUAUACAAUCGAAAGUGAGCGAAUAUUUCAAUAGGUUAUAAGAUCCAUGAUAUAUCAUGCAAAUUUGCCCCUAGUCUUCUGGGCUGAAGCGUGCAAUACAGCCGUGUACCUACAUAACCGAAGUCCUACAGUUGCAUUAAAGGACAAAACCCCUUAUGAAUGCCUUUUCGGUGAAAAACCAGAUGUUUCUAAUCUUAAAGUCUUUGGAUGUAUGUGCUAUGUUCAUAUCCCGGACAGUAAUCGUAGAAAAUUAGACCAAAAGUCUUAUGACGCUAUAUUU